UCCCUAUAUCCCCACUGCAUUUAAUCCUUUCUCCCCUGUCAAUAAUUCCAUUUCCUCCUCCUGCUGUUGCUCCAUCUCUCUCCAAGAUCUCAUCUGACCAUCUCUCCAUUGAUAGCGACCUUGCCUGCAGGCCUGGCCUACUCUCUCACUGUCACCAAGCAGCACACCUCGCUUCAUUUCAUUCACUCAUUUUAUUCACCCUCAAAUCUUGCUCCUUUCUUCUGCGUCUCCUAUAAAUGCGUCGCCUCCGUUGUAGAAAGCCUCCAAGGUCCAGCCUUGUUUCCUGUUUGCCGCAUUUGCUUCCAAGACCGGGCGAGCGUUCCAAGAAGCCAAGAAACCAAGAACCGGGAGAGAGGGAGGGGGAAGAUGAAGGAGUACUGGACGGCGUUGGCGUCGCUGAUGGGCGCUUUCGCGUUCCUGCAGGGGGUGCUGCACGCGGUGUUCCCGGCGGAGCUGCGGGCGGCGGUGGCGCGGCUGCUGGGGAGGGUCACGCGGGCCUUCUCGCCUUAUUGCUACUUCGACGUCACGGAGAUGGACGGGAUGGGCACCAACGAAAUCUACGACGCCGUGCAGCUCUACCUCAGCAGCACCGCGGCGCCGGCCGCGGGGGCGCGCCUCAGCCUGUCGCGCCCGCCCAACGCCUCCUCCUUCACCUUCGGGCUCGCCGCCAGCGACCGCGUCGUCGACACCUUCCGGGACGCCGCCGUCACGUGGGAGCACGUGGUGGCGCCGCGCCAGGGGCAGGGCUUCUCGUGGCGCCCGCUCCCCGAGGAGAAGCGCCGGUUCACGCUCCGCAUCCGCCGCGGGGACAGGGACAAGCUGCUCCCGGCGUACCUCGACCACAUCCUCGUCGCGGCCGCGGACAUCCGGCGCCGGAGCCAGGACCGGCUGCUCUACACCAACGCGCGCGGCGGGGCCAUGGACGCGCGCGGCCUGCCGUGGGACCCCGUCCCGUUCAAACACCCGAGCACGUUCGAAACGCUCGCCAUGGACCCGGCGCGCAAGGCGGCCAUCAUGGCCGACCUUCGCGACUUCGCCGACGGGAGCGCGUUCUACGAGCGCACGGGCCGGGCCUGGAAGCGCGGGUACCUCCUGUACGGCCCGCCGGGGACAGGCAAGUCCAGCAUGAUCGCCGCCAUGGGGAACUACCUCGGCUACGACGUGUACGACCUCGAGCUCACCGAGGUCGGCAGCAACGCCGAGCUCCGCAAGCUGCUGAUGAAGACCACGUCCAAGUCCAUCAUCGUGAUCGAGGACAUCGACUGCUCCGUCGACCUCACCAACCGGGCCGCCACGCCGCCGGCGCCGAAGCUGCGGCCGAACAUCGACGGCACGAUCGAACAUGACGGGGGCGCCGGGACGGGGCGGUCGAUCACGCUCUCCGGCCUGCUCAACUUCACCGAUGGCCUGUGGUCGUGCUGCGGCGCGGAGCGCAUCUUCGUUUUCACCACCAACCACAUCGAGAAGCUGGACCCGGCGCUGCUCCGAUCCGGCCGGAUGGACAUGCACAUCUUCAUGAGCUACUGCACGUUCCCGGCGCUCAAGAUCCUCCUCAAGAACUACCUCGGCUUCCAGGGCGACGAGCUGGACCUCCUCGGCGACUCAGACGACGGCGCGGCGGUCAUGCGGGGGCUUGAGGAGUGGAUCGACGCCGCGGAGAUCACGCCGGCGGACGUGAGCGAGGUGCUGAUCAAGAACCGCAGGAACGGCAAGAAGGAGGCAAUGCAAGAGCUGCUCGACACCCUCAAGGUGCGAGCCGAGAAGCGGCGGCGGGAUGGCUUCACCACGGCGGUAGUGCGCAAGGAGGGCGGCGGCGACAAUGAGGAGGAAGAGGAGAAGAGGGCGUUGGAGAGCCCCAACGAGGGCAAGGAGCAGGCCGGCAUCGAGAGCUGCAGAGACGGACAGGACGAGGAGACAGAGGCCAAGAAACAGGUGUGACCGUGCGAACGGAAGAGGGAAAGCGAAGGGUUCAAAAUUUUCCUGUUCGGUGACACGUUCCUGGCCAAUUUUCACCGGUGAAAUCCAUGCAAGAAAGGAGCUUCUCAACAACCUCUUUUUUGUUUGAUUAUUCUUUCUUCCUUUUUUUUUGUCUUUCGAUGCAUGUAGUAGAUGUCUUUUCUCUAGCUAUCUAGUUAGGUUUUCCCUUAUUGUAAUAACAAAGAAAUUUUAAAUUUCACUAGUGGGAUCAUAUGAGCUACCAGUAAA